AUGCAAUCGAACAGUAUCAUUCGCUUUGCUGGCUUCAUGGCAUUGUUGUUUAGCGCUGCAUUUGGAGUCGUUACGUCGAACGACGAUCCAUGCAGGGGUGUCCAAAACGGUUACUUUGUGCGCGAUAAGAAUGACUGCAAGGGAUACUACUACUGCACCAACGAAGGUGCUAUUCGAAACGUGUGUCCGGACGAGUUUUACUUUAACGAGCUGGCGCAGACGUGCGACUAUCCGGAAAAAGUCAACUGCCACAUCUGCCAGCAACAGGCAGGCGUCCAAGUGUCGGCCCAUCCGCAACACUGCAAUCAGUUCAUCAUGUGCUCCGAGGGCUACUCGUCCGUGGGCCAGUGUGCCGAAGGAUAUCUAUUUGACGCCCUCCAACACGUCUGCAAUCCGAGCCGGCGAGUGAACUGCACUGCAAAUCGCUGUCCUGAGCAGGAUAACCCCAACCAGAUCGUCUACCUUCCGGGGGUGGAUAGUUGCGAGGAGUACUUCAUUUGUCAGUCUGGCAUGGCCGUACAGAAAUUUUGCGCACCAGGCCUGUACUGGGACAGCAUCAACGAGCGAUGUGAUUUCUCUCAAAACAUUUCCUGUACCCUUUGA